UAAGGAGUGCCCCUGGGGGAGCUUAUGGACAGUCUGGCUUGUGAUUGUGAGAAAUUAUUUAUGUCUAUUCUGUAUGUAACUGAAAUAUGUUAUGGUUGCAUUAUCAGUGAUCAAGCCUUAUGCAAACAAGCCUUUUGUAUGUCACAGGCAUUUGCCACGUCUCUCAAACAGAGAACCAGGAAAUGAUUCUAGUUCUCUCCAGUUAGGGGGAACAUCACAUGCUGUUUAGCUGUGUUGUGUCGCUGUCUGUGAUUGCAUGUAAUGAAAUGGCUGAAGCAAGUGUUUCAGCAGAGCAGUUCAGCUGUUCAGUGUGCCUGGAUUUGCUGAAGGAUCCAGUAGCCAUUCCCUGUGGACACAGUUACUGUAAGAGCUGCAUUACAGGCCACUGGAAUCAAGAGGAUGAGAAGAGACUUUACAGCUGCCCUCAGUGCAGACAGACCUUCAGACCAAGACCUGCUUUAGGUAAAAACACCAUGCUGGCUGAAGUGGUGGAGAAACUAAAGAAAACUGAACUCCAAACUGUCCCUGCUGGACCUGGAGAUGUGGAGUGUGACGUCUGCAUCGGAAGAAAACUCAAAGCUGUAAAGUCCUGUAUGGUGUGUCUGAACUCUUAUUGUCAAAACCACCUUGAACAACAUGAGAAUCUCUUCAAAGGAAAGAAACACAAUCUCAUGGACGCCACUGGACGACUGCAGAAGAUGAUCUGCCAGAAACAUGAAAAACUCCUGGACAUUUACUGCCGUACUGACAAGUGUUGCAUUUGUGUGCUCUGUGUGGUGGAUGAACACAAAAACCACAAAACUGUCUCAAGUGCGGUGGAGAGGACCGAAAAACAGAAAUACUUGGUUCAGACACAGAGAAAAUUCCAGCAGCAAAUCCUGGAGCGAGAGAAGAAGCUUCAGGAGCUGAAAGAGGCUGUGAAGACUCAUAAGCAAUCUGCACAGACAGCAGUGGAGGACAGUGAGAGGAUCUUUACUGAACUCAUCAUCUCCAUUGAGAGAAGACGCUCUGAGGUCACACAGAAGAUCAGAGAUCGAGAAAAGAUUGUAGUGAGUCGAGCUGAAGCACUUAUAGAGCGAAUAAAGCAGGAAAUUGCUCAACUACGGAGAAGAGAUGCUGAACUACAACACCUUUCACAGACACAUAAUCACACCUAUUUCCUCCAGAGUUUCCAGUCUCUCCCUGUUCCUCCUGGAUCUCCAGAUGGUCCCAGCAUCACUGACAGUUCUUUGGAUGUUGUAGGAAAAUCAGUCUCUAAAAUGCGACAGAAACUGGAGGAUUUCUGCAGAGAAGAGACCGAAAAACUUUCUGCAAGAGUGACAUGCAUUCAGAUCAUUCCCACCCCAGAAUAUGAGAGCAGGAAAGACUUCCUGCAGUAUUUCUGUCGAUUUACUCUGGAUCCAAACACAGUGCAUAAACACCUCCAUCUGCAGGAGGGGAACAGAGUUGUGACUUACACUGGAACACAUCAAGAGUGGCCUGAUCACCCAGACAGAUUUAGUUUUUGGCAUCAGGUGUUGUGUAUUGAGAAAGUGCGUGAACGCUGCUAUUGGGAGGUAGAAUGGGGUGGGGAUUAUUGUGUGUGUGUAUCAGUGUCUUAUCAGAGUAUAAGCAGAAAGGCAUGGGGUGAUAAGAGCCAAUUUGGAAGUAAUGAUCAGUCCUGGAGUUUAAUCUGCUCUCCUUCCAGUUACACAUUCUGUGAAAAUAACAAACAGACUGAACUCCCUGCAGUGUCCAACUCCAAUAGGAGUAAAAUAGGAGUGUAUGUGGAUCACAAUAUCGGAAUUCUGUCCUUCUACAGCAUCUCUGACACAAUGACCCUCAUCCACAGAGUUCAGACCACAUUCACUCAGCCGCUCUAUCCUGGGUUUAGGUUUAUUUUUCCAUUUAUGUACAGAUUAUUUGGGUCAGCUGAAUAUCCAACAGCGAAACUGUGUGACAUAAAAUAGAUGAUCCUUGGAUUCUGCACAUGCUGAUUUGCCUAAAAUAGUUAAUGGGAUUUGACAGAUGUUGCUGCUUAGUAACAAUACACACUUGUUGAUGUAACAGAUUUGAUUAGAUAUAAAAUAGAUAAGAGUAAAGAGCUUCAGAUCUUCAGUAGGACUCUACUCUUCAUAGAAUAAUGCAUUAACAUGUUUGUGGGAUUGCGGCAAUAUUUUAUGCGUGUUUAAAUUUCUGAAAUAUAAGUUCUAUUGUAUUACAUGGUUGAUGUUAUUUGGAAUGUCUAUGGAAGUAAUGUAUAGUAUCUCGUUUUGAAGAAAGUACCCAGCAAUAUUGACUUCUCCAUAUUUGUUCAGUCAUUAUACAAGUGGAAUGAUUGAAGUAUUUGUCCUCCUCCAUUAAUUGGACGACUGAGUAAAAAAGUGACAAUGAUGAGUGCUACGAUUUGCCCAAAGUUGAACAGUUUUCAACUCUCAGCUAAAAAAACAAGAACAAAACAAAAAACAAUGGCAACUAACUUGUGAAAUAUUAUGGUAGUGCAUCAAAAUGCAGUAUCAUCAGUUUUCCAAUGAAUAUUACAUUGUGACGAAUGGGGCAGGGCCGAGAGAUGUGGGAACGAGCGAGGAGGAGGAGAUGGAAGGAUAUAAAACUGAGGACGAGAGAGGACCAGGCC